AACCGUCUCCGGACUAAAUAAACGUGAGUUCAGGAGUGCACACAACAGCGCAGCAACUUUUUCCAAGAACACAGCUUAACAAAGUACACCGUGUAGUUCUCCUGCCACAAGGAGCUGUUAAUUAUUUUUUUCUUUGCAUUAUUCGGGUGAAGCGGAGCUUUCUCUCAGCUUGGAAUAAAUAAGCAGCUCGGGGCAAGAAAAGACAUUUGGUGGUCGACGGUUGGUUCUGCAGGAAUGUCGCAGAAAGAAAGAGCUGGAUUUUACCUACAAGAGGUCAAUAAAACGAUAUGGGAAGUCCCGCGGCGGUACCAGGAUCUGUCCCCGGUGGGCUCUGGUGCCUAUGGAUCAGUUUGCUCUGCAUAUGAUGAAAAACUUGGUUUGAAGGUUGCAGUGAAGAAGCUCUCCAGACCUUUUCAGUCCAUCAUCCACGCCAAAAGAACUUACAGAGAGCUACGGCUCCUUAAACACAUGAAGCAUGAAAAUGUCAUUGGCCUUUUAGAUGUUUUCUCUCCUGCUACAAGUCUAAAAGAGUUCAAAGAUGUGUAUCUCGUGACUCAUCUAAUGGGAGCAGAUCUAAACAACAUUGUGAAAUGUCAGAAACUCUCAGAUGACCACGUGCAGUUCCUCAUAUAUCAGAUCCUCCGAGGAUUGAAGUACAUCCACUCAGCGGGCAUCAUUCAUAGAGAUUUGAAACCUGGCAACCUUGCUGUAAAUGAAGAUUGUGAGCUGAAGAUAUUGGACUUCGGCUUGGCACGGCACACUGACGAUGAGAUGACUGGCUACGUGGCCACCCGCUGGUAUCGUGCUCCAGAGAUCAUGUUAAACUGGAUGCACUACAACAAGACGGUGGAUAUUUGGUCCGUGGGUUGCAUCAUGGCAGAGCUGCUUACGGGGAAGACUCUGUUUCCUGGCACAGACCACAUAAACCAACUCCAGCAAAUAAUGCGUCUGACAGGAACCCCCCCAGCAGCACUAAUAAACAGGAUGCCCAGCCAGGAGGCUAGAAAUUAUGUCAGCUCCUUGCCUCCUAUGCCCAAGAGGAACUUUGCGCAUGUUUUUAUUGGCGCUAAUCCACAAGCUGUUGACCUUUUGGAGAAGAUGCUGAUUCUGGAUGCAGAUAAGAGGAUAACGGCAACUGAAGCUCUGGAACACCCCUACUUCUCACAGUACCAUGACCCAGAAGACGAGCCUGAGGCAGAGCCCUACGACCAGAGCUUUGAAAGCCGAGAGCUUGAAAUAGAUGAAUGGAAGCGUUUGACCUAUGAGGAGGUGUGCAGCUUUGUGCCACCUGAUUACAUGGAGGGUUGAGACGAGCUGCAACCACAACCUGCCAACAUGUGCAUUAUCAUAAAAGCCUUCAGGCACACAUCACACAAGCUAUUUCUGAGUCUAUCUAUCAUAAGAAAAGAAAACUGGACCAGCUAUGAUUAUUUAUUUACCACUGAUACUGGUCUUUGUUCAGAAAUUCCUCUUUUGCCAAAAUUUUAAAUCUGUUUAUGUAUUUAAAUUGUUUUAUUUUAAUUGUUGUUGCUAUAAACUUCAACUUUUCACUGUGACUUCUGAUAUUAAGAGACCGACCUACAGCUGUGCUGAUUUGGCUUUGAAACUUUUUGGGAAUUUUUUUUUAAUAAGCUGUUUUCUAUCAAAUCAAAGACUAGAUAUGCUUGUCUACAAUUCAAGCUUUGGUUUUUUUUUUUUU